AUGCAGCCACUCCUGCUCUUGUUGGCCUUUCUUCUGCCCCCCGAGCCUGCAAUAGGAGUCAUCAUCGGAGGACAUGAGGUCAGGCCCCACUCCCACCCCUACAUGGCAUUGAUUCAGGUUCCCAUGAAGAAGAUGGCCAAGACGUGUGGCAGUGUCCUCGUGGAAUUGGACGUUGUUCUGACGGCUGCUCACUGCUGGGGACGCUCAAUCAGGGUGACUCUGGGGGCUCACGACAUCCUGAAUCAAGAGUGGACCUGGCAGGUCAUCCCUGCGAAAGGAGCCAUCUGCCACCCAGACUAUAUUCCUAAUGAAUACUUCAGUGACAUCAUGAUACUAAAGCUAGAGAGAAAGGCCAAGCUGACUGCAGCUGUGUGGUCCCUCAUCCUGCCCAGGGGCACAGCCCAGGUGAGGCCCAGAGAGGUGUGCCGUGUGGCCGGUUGGAGGCUAAUGGCCCUAAAAGGCAUAAUUUCCAACACACUGUGGGAGGUGGAGCUGACUGUGCAGCAGGACCAGGUGUGUGAAUCCUGCUUACAUGAUCAUUACAACAGUACCACUCUGCUGUGCGUGGGGGACCUGAAGGAAAGGAAGACUUCCUCUGAGGGGGACACUGGGAGACCUCUCAGCUAUAAGAACGUGAUCCAGGGCAUUGCCCUCGGUGGGUGA